GGAGCGAGCGUGCGCCUGUUUCCGGGUUGCUGUGCCUCCACCCUGUCUGUGAAUCCUGCAGGCAGGCAAGCUACAGAUAGAGCCGGAGCUGUGUCCGGACCAGGUUUAUAUAUCUUUGGGGAGGGGAGUUUGGUUGAGUGCCCCUGUGUACACCAGCGCCAGGUCUGUCUGUCUAUCUAUCCGUCCGUCUGUGUGCGUGCAGCUCAGCGAGCGGAGAUGCCUUACGAACUGGCCAAAGUGUUUGCUUGUCUUCCUCAAAUGGAAAGAGGUGUUUCAAAGGUCCUUGGAGGUGAUCCGAAAGGAAUCAACUUUCUUUAUACCAACAACAAAAGCGUCGUCAUAAGGAACAUUGAUCAUCCAGAAAUUGCUGAUAUUUACACUGAGCAUGCUCAUCAAGUUCAGGUUGCCCAGUAUGCACCUAGUGGGUAUUACAUUGCCUCAGGAGGUAUGUCAGUUGGACUACAUUCAAAACUGUGAUUGUAUUAACCAUUG